AUGGUAACCAAUUGUGUUUUUGUCAUUACUUGGCUGCUUUCUAUCGGAUCGGCAACAAUCACAACUAAUUCUGUCACCCAGUUUCUACAGAAAAUCCUCAGCAAUGUGGAGCCUACACCAAUUGUACUGUGGCAUGGCAUGGGUGAUAGCUGUUGCAAUCCAUUAAGUUUGGGAAAAAUAGAAAAAAUACUAAAGCAGAAUAUCCCUAAUGUCUAUAUUUAUUCAGUAAUGAUAGGACCCAACGUUGUAAUGGAUACGGAACAUGGUUUCUUCGGUAAUGUAAAUGAUCAGGUAGCAGAAGUAUGUCAAGCAAUACAGAAAGACGCAAAAUUGAAAAAUGGAUACAAUUCUAUUGGUUUUUCACAGGGCGCACAAUUUCUACGUGCUCUGGUACAACGCUGUCCAGUUCCACAGAUGAAAAACUUAAUUUCAUUGGGCGGACAACAUCAAGGAGUAUUUGGAUUACCGCUAUGUCCAGCUGAAAGUUAUAUUUGUGAUCGCGUGCGAAAUUUAUUGGAGUGGGGUGCUUAUGUUGGCUUUGUCCAGAAUACGGUAGUCCAGGCGCAAUAUUGGCACGAUCCAUUAGAUGAAACAACCUACCGACAAAACAGUAUAUUCCUUGCUGAUAUCAACAAUGAAAGAAACCUGAAUGAGACAUAUAAAGAAAAUUUAUUGAAACUACAAAAUUUGGUGCUGGUGAAAUUUCUGAAUGAUACAAUGGUAGUACCGAGAGAAUCUGAGUGGUUCGAAUAUUAUCUCGAGAAUGACACAUCAAAAAUCGUUCCACUGGAGAAAUCAAAAAUUUACACAGAGGAUCGUCUUGGCUUGCGAGAAUUGUUAGAGAGCAAACGGUUGCACUUACUAGCAUUUGAAGGACAACAUCUACAAAUCGACACUUCAUCUUUUGUAUCUCAGAUUAUUAAUAAAUUUUUGAAAUAA